AGCAAUGCUGUAACCUACCUCAUGACACGGCCGGGAACCCCCUCCCGAUUAUCACGUGAUUACGGAAAUCACGAUCACAUGGGGCAGGUACAGGUGUCAUGUGAUCACCUAUUAUGUAUUUCAACAAAGUGAAGGCCGGCCUUGACGCAUAGUCGACGAACAUUGCUUUGAACAGUAUACUUCCUCGCAAAGCUCGAUAUGUGGCGCAAUUCUUCUUGGUUUAUCCUUGCAGCCCUCUUGGUCAUUGGUGGGCCUACUUUGAGUAGAGGUCUCCCCAAAGCCCCUAGGUAUUCCCUCAACCUCGAUCUAGCGGAGGAGGAGCGAUGGAAUGCCAUCCUUCGGCACUGGGAUGUGGGGGACUACCAGAGGAAAUUCAAGGAAAUCAUGCACAAGUUUAUGACUGCUGAGGUACUCGAUCUUCUUGACAUUAUUGCUGGAGCGGUGGACGACUAUCUGCCUGUGCCAUAUGCUGGAGAGAUCCGUGGCAUUGCCAAAUACUUACAGAUGGACAUUGGAGAAGUAGUACUUUUGAAUACUUUGUAUGACCUCACUGUUUCUGGAGGGUGCACCAGCAUUGUCGCCGAAGACACCAAGGGGAACAUCUGGCAUGCUCGCAACAUGGACUACGAUUUCACAGCUACGCUGAGGAAUUGGACAGUAGUUGUUGACUUUCAGAGCAAGGGCAAGACACUGUAUACUUCCACUACAUUUCUGGGCCAAGCAGGGGUGUUCACAGGACAGAGGCCGAAUGCGUUUACUGUGUCAUUAAACGAGAGAGAUAAAGGUAGCAUGUUGGAAAACGUCAUUCAAUUUUUGAAGGCUCUAAUCUCCAACAAGACUGCUUUCACCUCCUUUCAGAUUCGAGAUGCUCUGUCCCGUAAUGACACGAUGACCUACGACAGUGCUUUGAAGCACCUGGCCUACCACCCUGAAACGGCACCCAACUAUUUCAUCAUUGGUGGCAAUAAGGCCACAGAGGGCGCUGUCAUCACAAGGGACCGCCUCACUGCAGCUGACGUCUGGUGUCUUGACUUGUCAAAGGGCAGGUGGUUUGUGCUUGAGACAAACUAUGACCACUGGGAACCACCACCCAAGAGUGACGACCGACGGGAUCCUGGUAACAAAGCGAUGAAUGCCAUUGGCCAAGAUGCUAUCGACCUAGAUGGGAUGCUCAAAGUGCUCUCCAUACGUCUUGUUUGCAACUCAGGCACGGUGUACACUACUCUCAUGAGUGCUGCCCAUCCAUCAAGCUACGUCACUUUCAUUCGACACUGUGAGUAGGACAGAAAAAUAACCAGUUGAGAGACAGCUGGAACAGUGAUUUUGGACAAGGACAAUUAUUGUGGCCCAUCCUUACAACAUGAGUUGUACAUCACUGGAGCAACUUCUGAGUUCUAAAAGCCUUUGAAAGGAAUCUUUCAAAGUGUAAAUUAAUAGAAACUCUCAACAUUUUCCACCUGUUUCAUGCUUAUUUCUUCAGGAUGCCAAUCAAGGCAGAUUUCAAAGGAAUACAAACUACAUGUAUACAAUUCAGAAUCUAGCCUUAAGACCCAUUUCUGUUUGUAUUUGGUCACAAAUAAAAAUAGUUGUGGAAAAAUUUGUAAAACUGGAUUACAGCAAUUGGCUGACUCAACUAUCUAAUGAUGCAAUGGAAGGGAAGGUCAAAUAAAAGACAAAUAGUAGACUAGCGGAAUGAUCAACUUGCACAGAAAAGGAUCCCCGAAAAGAACACCAACGUCCAGAUUUGCCAUUAAAAUGCAAAUUCUCCUAUGUGACACCGUUACUGUGUAGCCAAUUUAUGUGUUGAUUUUUAUAUUUAAAUUGUAAAAAAAAAAACUCUCAAUCUUUUUACAAAUUGUCUGUAAACAUUUAAAAACUCAGUUUUUAAAAUGUGGACAGCCAUUUACCUUCUCGUUUACUUUACACAGAAAUGACAGUGUCUUCCAAAUGAUUUAAUUUACAAAACUCUCAAGGCACCUUAGUAUUAUGAUAACUACUAAUCGGGAAUUUUAAGCCAAGCAUUUUUCAACCAUAAACAAUGGAUACAAAUGGUUUGUCAAAAUUGUGGUAUUAAUUCCUAUUCUUUAUGCAAAAUGCCCUUAAAAGAUGUUUAAAGCUCUUAUGGUUUAAAAUUGUAAAUAAAGGAUUGUAAAUUAUGUUUUGCACAAAAAUAUGUUAUAUUUUUUAAAAGGCAACCUUAAUGCAAAUGAGAAAAAUCGAUCUGAUACCACCAGGGGAAAAUAAGGUGCGUGAUUUCUAAAUUAAUUUCAUAUAAUUUUCAACGAUGCAACAACGCUUAUGAGAGUUGCUUUAUGAAACAAAAAAGCCUAUUUUGUAAGCAUGCAAAGCCUAUUUAUAUGAUUGUGUUUUUCACUGUGUAAAAUCUUCACAGCUGCAUCAAGUGGUGUAGGAAUACUGGCCUACCUCGGUGAUUCAUGGAGCAUGGAGAGAGGCUAAUUUUUACUCCACCAUGAGAUAAAAGCCAAGAGCAUUUGUUUUAUAACACCUCCCCUGCGCAUUCUGAUUGAUAUGAGUGAUAAGUGAUUAACCUGACCUUAAAAGAAGGUACGCCCAUUUGAAUGAGUGAUAGAUUUGUUGAAAUUUUGCCCGCGCUUUUCCUAACUACCUCUGCACGAAAUGUUUCAACCCAGCCCCGUUGCCUUGCAAGGACUUCGGAACGGGCACAACGGGUACAGCUGUCUUGGCCUUGUAAAGCUAGAUAGCACAACUAGCGAAUGAUACAUAACUAGCUCUUGGCUAAUCAAGCCUUUACAAACUCUGUGGGCGAGGUGUAAUAAUUUUUACAGUGAUGGGUAUAAAAAAACGAGAGGGAAAGAAUAAGUUUUGUAUGAUUUUUCACAGCCCUUACAUGUACACUGUCUGUAUACAGAUUAUAUAAAUGGAAAUAAACCUUUCAAUGUGAAAUACAGCCAGACA